CAAGCCAGAAGCCUGAUUAUGGCCGAUAUAGUGGCUAUCUGGGAUGUUCCCCUGAGUGACAAAAAUCACAGAAUUGAACUUGAACAUGGAACCCUUUCUGGAAAAAGAAUCAUUAGAGUGGAUGGCAAAGAAAUUUUAAAAAAAGACUGGAUGUUUAAGCUGGUUGGAUCGGAAAGUUUUGAAAUAGGAAAAGCAAAGUGUGUUAUCACAAUUCAAGCUAUCGGUGGCUUCACCUACGAAUACAGUCUUAGUGUUAAUGGAAAACUAUUAGAAAAAUUCAGGGAAAACCAAUCUAAGGUUAUGAAAACGUGGUUGAUACAAAUUAUGGGAGAACCCACCCGUAUUGUCCUAGAGAAGGAUACGCUUGAUGUAUGGAUUAAUGGACAGAAAGCUGAAACAGCAGGAGAGUUUGUUGAAGAUGGGACAGAAACCCACUUUAGCGUGGGUGAUUAUCAGGCCUACAUCAAAGCCGUAAGCACUGGAAACAAGCGUAAAGGAAUAGUUCAUAGCUUGUUUGUUAAUGAUGUAGAAAUUCCGGAGAGUGUUGAGUGAAGGAAAAAUGUGUCCUAGAUCUGAAAACGUUUAUACUAUGACAUAAUUUUGUUGUGACUCGAGUCAGUUAAUAUGUAUUCUCCAAGGUAAAAACUAUGAUGCUAAUUCAGAUAUCUGAGUCUUAACAAGACAUAUUUAUCACAUCAAACUGAGAAGUCACUGGAAAACUAGUCAGUAAUUUUUUUUUAUGCACAUUAUUUCAAAAGAGGUAAAAUUCCUUUGUAUCCAAUUGAAUAAAAAGCUUGGUUAAGCAGCUGACUGAGAGACCAGUUAAAAAAAUCAGCACAGAAUGAGAACCAUUUAAAUCUAUGUGUAUAAAUAAAUGUUAAUGUUGCAUGUGUACUUAAAUUUGAAAAAGAUGAAUAUACAUUGCACUGACAUUUCAUCUCUAACUCCUGAAAUAAAGUUGUAACAGCACUUAACAGUGUUGCAUUUUGGAAGGAAAAUCUCAUUGUAACAAUCUGAUAUUUCGUAGCAGGCAAAUGUUUUACAACAUUUUAAGCAACAAAAUUAAAGCCUUUCAGAAAUCUUUAUUUAAGGUACCUCGAUUUUACUAGUUAAUCAUUAAUAAGAAACAAACAGUUUUAGACAUUGUUAAACUGGGGAGAUAUAGUUCUGUAUUUUUUGUUUGUAAUAAAAUCUGUAGUACAUAACAAACAAAUGUAGUUUUAAACACUAUUAAACUGGGGAGAUAUGGUUCUGUAUUUUUUGUUUUUAAUAAAAUCUGUAGUACAUAACAAACAAAUGUAGUUUUAAACAUUGUUAAACUGGGGAGAUAUGGUUCUGUAUUUUUGUUUUUAAUAAAACCUGUAGAAAAAUACUGAGCUUUAUAUUUACUGCUUUAUAUUAUGUGACAAAUAUUACAAAAUUUAAGAAUGCCACUAAUCAGUUAUACAUAAUAUAGAACUAGUGUUUAAUAAUUACAUAAUGCAAGUCUUGCUGUUAGGCUAUUUGUGGAUGAGCUCAAGUGAUAGUAGCAUUUUUGUGUAUGUGUUUUAUUGGAAUAGAGUAUGCCAUAAACAAGAUUACUGGCAAAACUCCACAAAAAACUGAAUCACAGGCUUUAGUGUUCAGAUAACACUGUAACAUAAAAUAAUUACUACCAUGUUCAGAUAACACUGUAACAUAAAAUAAUUACUACCAUGUUCAGAUA